AGCAUCCUAGGGAAUGUGGUGACCUUGUGAAACCUCGUCGCUGCCAGCUUCACGUUCCCUACCAACUUCAUGGCCUGGAGACCACAUUUUUGAAACCACUUUGAGGUUAUGUACAUUUCCCCUGUGUACAAGUAAAUGAAGAAUGUCUCAGUUAUUCCAAGGAGAUGAUUUGGAUUCCGACGAAGGUAUCAAGAUAAAUAAUGGAUAUGCCAAUCACUACAGUGACUGGCGACGCAAGGAGGAGCUCCACAAACUGAAAACCAAAUAUGGAGAGCAGUUGGACGACAUCCAGAGCUCCGAGGAGUCUGACAGCUCGUCUGGAGAGGAUGAAGAGGCGGGUGAACUCACUGAGGUAUUUGAGAAGGACUUUUACAAGACCCUGGCUUCCUUAAAGAAGAAAGACCCGAGAAUUUAUGAUGAGAACGUGACUUUUUUCUCGAAACCAGAAGACUCUCAAGAUGCACCACAAGCUCAAGCCUCUCAAUCCAAGAAGAGGCCAAAAAAGGAGAAACCGUUCACUCUUCGAGAUUACGACAGACAGAUGAUAAUGCAACGUCUCAAUCAGUCCAGUGGGAACGUCGACGACGACGAUUUUCAAAGGAAAAACGGUGAGGCCAAUGGUCUGACCUACGUGGAGGAGCAAAAAGGAUUGAGGGAGAGUAUAAAUCAGAUUUUGCAAGAUGAAGAGGAUGGCAGUGACACUGGGGAUGAUCUUCUGCUGCCGAAGAGCAAAACUCAGGAAGAAAAACAGCGGGAGGAGGAGUCCUACAAGGAGUGGCUCAAAGGCCAGCCCAGGGAGAUGGAGAGCUCGGAUCAGCAGGCCCUAAAGCCCUUGAGAGACUUCUGGACAGAUCCCAACCUCGACGACAAUGAAAAAUUCCUGAGGGACUACGUUCUAAACAAAAAAUUCCUGGAGAAAGACGUGAAGAAUCAUGACCACGAGGAUCUCGUCAAUAACAGCAAUGAAAAUCUCUCAGAGGACGAGAAGGACAUUGAGCAGCAGGAGGUGUUCGAGCACAAAUUCAAUUUCAGAUUUGAAGAGCCAGACACGGAAUUUCUGAAGCGUUAUCCCCGUACCCUGGAGAAUUCCCUGCGAAAGAAGGACACCAGGAGGUCGGAGAAGAGGGCAGCUGUCAAAGUGAGGAAGGAGGAGGAGAGGGCGAGGAAGCGGGAGGAGUUGAAGCGCCUGAAGGCGAUGAAACGAAAAGAAAUUGAGGAGAAAAUAGCCCAGCUGAAGGAGAUAACUGGCAACGAUGACAUGAAGUUUGAUUCUCUUGAUUUGGAGGGGGACUUUGAUCCUGCUGAGCACGACAGGAAAAUGGUAGAGUUGUUUGAUGAGGGGUAUUACAAGGAGGGAGAGGAACACGUCAAGCCAGUGUUUCCGGAUAUUGAUGAGGAGCUGGGGGUAGAGAGCACGUGGGACGAUUAUGAUCCUAAUGUUCAGGAGACUGAACCUGCUGAAGGACAGGGGGCUCCUCAUGCAGAAGAUGAUGAUUUCAAUAUGGAUGCUGAUUACGAUCCCGUCAACUCCCUCCAGGAGGAAUUGGCGAAUUCGUCGAGAAAAAAGCGAAAACGUCGGUCGAAAUUCGCGGAAAUGAUAUCGAAGGAGAAACCGAAAUUCGAUCCAACGUUUCACACUUCGUACAAGGACUACAUCGAUCAGUACUACGGUCUGGAUUACGAGGAUAUGAUUGGGGAUAUGCCUUGUAGAUUUAAGUACAGGGAGGUCGUGCCCAAUGAUUACGGUCUGUCCGUCGAGGAGAUUCUCAUGGCCGACGAUAGAGAAUUGAACAAAUGGUGCUCCCUGAAAAAAGCUCUGGAGCACAAACCCAAACAUCAAGAGAUUCAGGAAGUUAAAAUCUAUCGAGAGAAAUCAUUGAAUGAACCGUAUAAGAAAAAAGUUCUCAAGAGUUUGUACGAAGAGUUGGAAAAUUCGGAAAAUCUUCCCGAAGGUAGUGACGAAAAUUCUGUGAAUAAAAAGAAGAGGAGACGCAAGAAGGGAAGUCAAGUGGAGGCUGUGAAGGCUGUGAAGGCAGAUGUGAAAUUGAGCUCGUCUCCACAAGAAAAGACUAAAGAUCUUAAGACUAGCCCUGCAGAGGAGAAGGUCGAUAAGACCGAGAAUGAAGAGGAGCCCCCAAAGAAAAAAAUGAAGACCGAAAGGGUCAAGAAAAAUCAACAAGGAGAUAAAACUCCUGGAGAAAAAAUUGUUAAUGGACGAAAAAAAUUGCAAAAGUCUCCUCAAAGUUCACAAAACAUCGCUGGAAAAUCCGAAGAUUGUCAAAAUCAAUCAGCACCGAGGGAGAAAAAAAAUAAACAGCGACAGAAAUUGAAAAAAUCCAAGGGCUCCAAGGACUCGAGUAAUCCUCUCAUCGCGUCUCUAGGUGAUGAGCGACUCAAGGCUUAUGGAAUUAAGCCGAAGAAAUUCAAAAAGAAAAUUAAAUAUGGCCAGCAGUCGAGUGUAAAUAUGAAGAAAAAGAAUUUUCGAGGGGUUGUUAAAAAUCAAAAGUGAAAUUUACAAAUGUCCUUGAUUUUACCAGAUUUUUAAUUUGUUCUGACGAAUUUCAGAAAAUAUAUUUACCAUAAAUCAA